AAAAUGAGACUAUUUUUAUCAUUUGAUCCGAAAUCAAGAAUUAAAUUUCCAAUAGAAGAAAUAAACUGAAUAAUUAUAUUAUUUUCUCUCAUGGAAAAGUGCCGGGCGUCUUACCUCCACAAACCUGCCUGCUGCUUCUUCUUCUAUUGAAAAUUACUGAAAUGGGAUCUUUUUUACCAUUUCUUUAUCACUUAAAAGAGAUAUGCCAACUUCACUCUGCAACUAAAACUGUUCCCAACGUUCCAGUACAUGACACUUGCUUGAACCCAACAGGUGUUGUCACUGGAUGUUCAGUUUUGAAAGACAAUAUUGAAAUACCAAUUAAAUGUUGUGGUAGAGUGUUUAUGAAGAGGCAAAAUUAUAGUAAACAUAUUAAAUCUUUGGAUCACCAGGGUCUUGUUGCUUGUAUGAACUGCCAUGUGAUUCUUAAGAAAGAGGACUUAAUCAAACACAAGACUGAAGUACACCAGAUGAAUGGAGAGAAAUGGGCAUGCAAGGAUUGUAAUAACAAAAGGUACAAGUCCCAAUGGUCCCUUAUGAAACACAUCAAAACCUUCCAUAAAAAAACUGUAUACCAAUGUAGGAUCUGCAAUUCAAUCUUCUAUGGUAGCAAAAGUUAUGAAACGCAUAUUGAAACUCAUAGAAGUAAUACAGAAGUUUCAACAGAGUCUGCUAUUGCAUUGCCAAAAGAUUUAUUUAAAUGCUGUGGCAUGGUUUUAACCAAGGCUAGCCACAAAGAACUUUAAAUUCUUUGACUCAUAGGGGUCUAGUUACUUGCAGACUUUGCUCCAAAAUUUUUAAGAAAGAAGACCUUCCGAACCAUAGGGUGGAGGUGCACCAAGACUUUGAAGGCAAGUCCAAAUGUGAGGUGAGGCAGAGUGCCCAAAUGGAGGUCAAGUGAACAAAUUGAAUGCCAUGAGGAAAAUACAUUUAAUUGUAGAAUCUGUGCUGGAACCUUCUUCAGUGGUGAAAGUUACAAAAGUCACUGGGAAACACACAGGAUUGAUAUAGAAGUAUCAACAGAAUUUACUGAACUGCCAGAAGGAUUGUUUAAAUGCUGUGGAAAAGUACUGUCUAAGUCUGGUUAUUCUAAACACUUAAAGGGGUUGGCCCACAAGGGUUUAGUAGCUUGCACUGUUUGCCGCAAAGUUCUGAGGAAAGAAGAUCUUCUCAAGCACAAAGCUGAAAUACACAAGCAGAUAAGAGGAAAAUUGUAUUGUAAGGCUUGUGAUGCAUUUUUUAAUUUGAACCGAGAUUUAACUUCUCAUUUAAAGUCUUUUCAUGCCCAGCAGCAAAACUUAUAUGAAUGUAGCAUUUGUUCAGCAUCAUUUAUAAGAAAAGAUUUGUAUAAAAGACACACCCAAUCACAUGAACCGCAUUCCAAAAAUUUGUGUUGCACAUCAUGUGAUUAUAGGACCUACAGAAAAGAUCAUCUUAGACAGCAUUUCAUUGUCAAACAUUUAAAUGGCACUGCUUGUUACCACUGUUCCAAGAUUUUUAAAAAUACUGAUGAUCUCCAGGAACACUUUUCAACUCAUACAUGUUUGUGUCAAGUUUGUGGAAAAUCUUUUGUUUCAAAAAGUAAAAGGGAGCAGCAUUACAAAAGAGUGCAUCUUAGAGAUGAAGGGAAAAAUAAGGAGUGAAACUGAUUGAGUACUAUACAAAAAUUAAUUCUGACUAGAUUUGACCACUGACGCAAGAAAAGCCAGAAGCAAACAUCAGUUUGCUUUUUGAGAUCAGUUGAUUUUAAUGACUCAUCAUAACUCAUUAGCAAAUAAAGACGUGAAAUAUUUUACUGCUUUCAGGUCAAUGUUGAAUUUUCCUGAAAAUUAUAUGUGGUCUUCCUCAUAGGUACUUUAAUACUUUUUACCAAAAUUCCCAGGAGUUGAAGUUAGGGGAUAGUUGAGUAAAGUAAUUAAAUGCCCUGGGCAAGCCUUUCAAACUUUGACUUGGUUUAACACAAUAAGACAAUGAAUCAUCAUAGAGUCUAGCAGUGUGUCAAAUUAGCCUUUUAUGUCCAAACAGGUAAUUAAGCUUUUGAAUUUCAUAUUACAUUGCUUUUAUUUGUAAAAAAGCAUUCUGCCUUAAUAGAAAAUCCUUAAGACAUCAUGUAAAAUAAUUUCAUUAAGAAAGCCUACUUAAGUCACCGAUGCAUAUUUGUGUCAAAUAUCUGGUAAGGAAAGUAGUUUUUCCCAGCAAGUGCUAGCAGGUGCUUAGUGGUAAAAGCAAAGAAAUAAACAGUGUAGCUUGUUUGUAAAAAUGUGCUUGAGUUUAAGGCUGUGUUGAAACGCAAUCCAUUUGGGCGAGCAUCUCAACGGUUCUUCUUUUUGUUCACUAGAUUUUAUUCCUACUCUUUAGUUUGUAAGGGUGUUGCAGAUGUCAAAACUUUGAAUAUUUUUUCCAUCAUUAUUUGAUACCAGUUUUAAACAGUGGUAUGAUUGUGUCACUUGUAAUUAUAUCAAAACCAGUGACCAUAAUACAAAUUUUCUUCUCUAAUUUCUUUUUCUAAUAAUUUAAUUGGCUGAGCCGCCAAGCAAU